AUGGUUCUUGGGAAGCGAACUCGUGAACACUCCAUUGACUCCAACUCGAAUUGCUUCGAAACCCUACUCAAUCACAACAAACCCAUCUCUUCGUCUCCCCUCAGGAGUAUGCAAGAAGACGACGUCUCCGGCAUGGAGGCUAUGCUCAGAAGGAGAAAACAACCCAAGACUACGCCGUUGUCUUCCUCCUCUAAGAUGACGUGGACUAAAGACGACGAGCUCAUCAUUCUCGGGAGUAUUGUGGAUUAUGAGAAGGAGACGAAACUGAGUUAUAAAUCUGACUGGGAUGCAUUCUACGAAUACGUUAAGGAUUUUAUUGAAUCGGAGUUCUCUAAGAAGCAGCUUUUUGAUAAGAUUAGGAAUUUGAGUAGGAGGUUUUUGGGUAAUAAGGCGAGGUGUAACGAUGAGGAAGGACCUUCUUUUACUAGUACUGAAGAUGAUGAGAUCUUUAAAUUGUCUAUGAUCAUAUGGGAUACAGCAAAUGAAACAGCUUCUGAUGAGAAUGUGGACAAAGCUAAGGAUGUUCCUUGUGUGGAGAAUGAACGUUUUGAUGAGAAUAUAGACCAAGGCAAUGUAGUCAGUGUUGCACCUUGUGUGGAGAAUGAACCAGUUGAUGAGAAUAUGGAUCAAACAAAGGAUUUGCCUUUUGUGGAGGAUGAACGAGUUGAUGAGAAUAUAGACCAGGCAAAGGCAGAUGUGCCUUUUGUGGAGGAUGAACGGGUUGAUGAGAAUGUGGACCAGGCAAAGGUUCUUGCUAUGGACAACGAUGCGCCAUGUCUAGAGCAUGAACGAGCUAAUGGGAAUAUGGACCUGGACCAAGAAAAGGAUGUGCCUUGUGAGGAGCAGGAACGAGUUAACAAGAAUAUGGACGAAGAAGAGGCUGAGCCGGUGAGUGACGUAAGUAUAGAGACUGAUAAAGGAGAGAAGGAAAAGAUUGAGGAAGAUGGUGUGGAUGAACUCUGUGCCCUGAAGGAUGCAAUAACUGAAGAAAAAGAAGAAAAAGAAAAGAGUGAGGAAGAAGGUGUAGAUGAGUUUUGUGCUCUGAAAGAUGCACUAACUGACAGAGAAGAGAAUGAGAAGAGUGAGGAAGAUGGCGAUGAGUAUUGUGCUCUCAAGGAUGCACUUGAGGAGGCAACGACAUUGUUCCAGAGUAUAAGUAAAUAUCAACAGAAGUUGAUGCUGCAGAAGCUGACAAACCUUGGAGCUCAAAGAAAAAAAGAGUUAGUUGAUGAGUGGAAGGAAUUACUUGACGAGGAGAUGAAAUUUAUUGCCAAGAAACUGAGUUUAUCUGCAAAGCUUGCAAGCAUAGCAGAUUCUUUUUGA